AUGUCAUUGCUACCGGUGAAAAGUUUAUCCGGGUCAUUACCAGAAUUAUUCAUCGAGGCACGUCUUCAAGGAUCACUUGAAAUAGAAUCUUCUCAUAUGGGAAUUUCGUUCGAUUCUGAUCAGUACCAUAUUGCUCUACUUAAACAAAUCAUAUUAAAUAAUGUUGAUUUGGCUUGUUUCAUCACGACUUACUUUAGCUAA